GUGUCAGGAGAAGCAAAUGAAACUCAGAUUUCUGAAGCACUGAAGCGUUACAGUGAACGGGCGUUCUUUGUGAGAGAAGCACUCUUUCAUUUAUUCAGCCUGACACAUGUAAUGGAAAAAACAAAGCCUGAAAUUUUAAAGCUUGUGGUUAUUGGAAUGAGAAAUCACCCCCUGAACUUGCCUGUGCAGUUAGCAGCAAGUGCAUGUGUCUUUAACCUGACCAAGCAGGAUUUAGCAGCAGGCAUGCCUGUGCGACUUCUGGCCGAUGUCACUCACUUGCUCCUGAAGGCCAUGGAACACUUCCCAAAUCAUCAACAGCUGCAAAAGAAUUGCCUUCUUUCACUAUGCAGUGACAGAAUCCUUCAGGAUGUUCCAUUUAACAGGUUUGAAGCAGCCAAACUUGUUAUGCAGUGGCUGUGUAAUCACGAAGAUCAAAACAUGCAAAGGAUGGCUGUAGCCAUAAUUUCUAUUCUUGCUGCAAAGCUUUCAACAGAGCAAACGGCUCAACUUGGCGCAGAGCUCUUCAUUGUUAGGCAACUUUUACAAAUAGUUAAACAAAAAACAAAUCAGAAUCUUGUAGAUACUACCCUCAAGUUCACACUGAGUGCACUUUGGAACCUCACUGAUGAAUCUCCAACAACAUGUCGGCACUUCAUUGAAAAUCAAGGGCUAGAACUUUUCAUGAGAGUCUUAGAGUCUUUUCCAUCUGAAUCAUCCAUCCAACAGAAAGUUCUUGGACUUCUGAAUAACAUAGCUGAAGUUAAAGAACUCCAUUCUGAAUUAAUGUGGAAGGACUUUAUAGACCACAUCAGUAAAUUAUUGCACAGUGUGGAGGUGGAAGUUAGCUACUUUGCAGCAGGGAUUAUUGCUCAUUUGAUAUCUCGAGGAGAGCAGGCCUGGACAUUAAGUCGCAGCCAGAGGACAUCUCUCCUUGAACAGCUGCAUUCUGCCAUUUUGAAUUGGCCAACCCCAGAAUGUGAGAUGGUGGCUUACAGGUCUUUCAAUCCGUUUUUUCCACUACUUGGAUGUUUCAUGACACCUGGUGUUCAAUUAUGGGCAGUUUGGGCCAUGCAGCACGUCUGCAGCAAAAAUCCUGCCAGGUACUGCAGCAUGUUAAUUGAAGAGGGUGGUUUACAGCACUUAUACAACAUCAAGGAAAACGUCCAGACUGAUCCACAUGUCCAAAGGAUUGCUAUUGCCAUCCUAGAUAGUCUGGAAAAACACAUUAUGCGUCAUGGGAGACCACCUCCAUGUAGAAAACAGCAACAAAAUAAACCAAACUGAAAGCUGCAGGUAUAGGAGUGUAAAAUAUUAUCUCUGUAAUAGUCCUUUCUGAUGUGUGUGUAGUUGGAGUAACUUGUAAUAUAGUGGUCACCAUUAAAGUGAUUUGCCAAUAAUUGUGGUACCCAGAACCAUGUACGGUACCUUUGGUGAACAUCAGCUUUAAUGGGAACCGCAUAUGCAACUUGUAAAGGGUCACUGCUUGAGCUGGUCACACCUGCGGGGUUACUGCUGGCUACAAGGAGAUGGGACUUGUACAGAUCAACAUGCACAUCUGAAAAAGACUUCUGGGAGUAUCUUGUUUUGUGACUUCUGGGAGGGAGUUAUUUCAUCCCUAUGGCUGCUCUUCACUACACUGUUUACCAGUUUGGUGUUUGAAUAGAACUGUGUGUGGUUGUGAGAUUCGGCACUUUUUCCAGAUUAAAAGUACAUUGCAUGCA